AUGAUUCCCGAAUCUGUAAAAAUAGCCCAAAAAAAACCAACGUUCAAAGUGAAUAAACAACAUAAUGCAUACCAUCCUUACAAACUAUUGCCAAUUAAUUCCGCGAUUAAUUUAUACAAAAGUAACUCAUCUGUUUCGAAUAUUGCUUGCAAUUCUUCUGCUCCACCUUUCGUUGAUUUUUCCGUUGUCAAUUCUUCUGCUCUAUCUACCGUUGAUUCUUCUGCUUUACCUACCGUCGAUUCUUCUGUUUUACUUACUGUUGAAUCUUCUGCUCUACCAACCGUUGAACCUUCACCUCCUAAAUCUUCAUCUGCAUCAUCCUCUAAUGUUAUUACAAAACCUGGUUUAAUGAGUGAUACCGAAGAUAUUACUGAUAUUGAGAAUAUUAGUGAUAUCGAAAAUAUUGAUGAUAAGAAACUUUGGCCUAAUUCUAUUAUAAAAUCUCUGCUUGCAUAUCUUUCAGAUCAUAUGAAAGAUUACCAGUUUAGAAAAAACCAAUUUUAUGUUAAAGCAGCUCUCUACCUCAGUAAGGGAAAAAUCGGAUCCCAAGUUGCAACAAAAAUUAGAUGGUUAAUUAAUAAAUACAUGAAAGAAAGUGCUAAUAAAAUGGGCAAAGGCGCAUCAAAAUGGGAAUUUUUUACAGAAAUGAAUGAAAUAUUCGGUAAUCGCGAGAACGUGCACCCAGACUACCUAAUCGAUAGUACAGGAAAG